CAUGCCCAGUUUCCUACAAAAACGUUGUCCCCUUCCCCACCCUCCUCUUACAUCCUCCACUUUACACUACUCUCAAUCCUCAACUCUCUGCACUGUUCUUUCCUACCGAUUUCUCGCUCUUAACAAAAUGCUGCAUAAACCUUUCUUCAUUUAAUCCAGCUAGUGAAACACUAGUUUUUCUUGGUUUUUUUUUAUACCAUUUUUGAGGUCUAUCAAUGGAAGAGACCAUUGACCCUGCAACCUCAAGCCUUCUGUGUCUGGAAAACAAUGACAUGUGCUUUGAUGAUUUUGAAUGUAAUGUUGCAGAUGAGUCUCCUUCCUGGGACCACAAAAAUCCUAACUUUAACAAUCAAUGUCUGAUUGAGGACAAUCUUGGAUCGGAACAUGUGUUGGAUUCUCCUGUACUGAGUGAUGAAAUUGUUUUGGGUUUGAUUGGGAAGGAGAGGGAACAUUUGCCCCGGGAUGAUUACCUCGAGAGGCUGCUCGGUGGGGACUUGGACUUGAGUGUUAGGAGCCAGGCUCUUGAUUGGAUUUGGAAGGCUCAUGCACACUAUGAUUUUGGACCCUCUAGCUUAUGUCUAUCUGUGAAUUACUUGGAUCGGUUCCUAUCGCUGUAUGAAUUACCAGGAGACAGCAAUUGGAGUGCACAAUUGUUAGCUGUGGCAUGUCUGUCAAUUGCUGCUAAAAUCGAUGAGAUUAAAGUGCCUUCCUGUAUAGAUAUACAGGUUGGAGAACCUAAGUUUCUAUUUGAAGCUAAAACCAUUCAAAGAAUGGAACUACUGGUAUUAAGCACAUUGAAAUGGAAAAUGCAAGCUUUAACUCCGUUUUCCUUCGUAGACUACUUCAUCAAGAAGAUCACCUGUGACCAACUUCUAGUAAAGUCAUCCAUUCUGAGAUCAGUUGGGCUCAUUCUUGACAUAAUUAGAUGUAUCAAUUUCUUGGAAUUCAAGCCUUCUGAAAUUGCUGCAGCAGUGGCAAUUUCUGUGUCAAGAAAACUGCAAGCAGAAGAGAUUGAUGAAGCCUUAACAUGUUUUGUCAGUGUAGGAAAGGAAAGAAUUUUGAAGUGUCUUGAAUUGAUUAGAGACUUGCCCUUGAUCCAAGCUUCUACUAAUUUGGGCAACAACUUGGCACCAUUGGUACCUCAAAGCCCUAUUGGUGUGCUGGAUGCUGCAUGCUUCAUCUCUAUAUGUGAUGAGUUAACAGUUGGAUUAUCUACAGAUUAUUGGGUUGAUACUCCAAAUUCUAAGAGGAUGAAAAUUUCUGACCCUCUUGAUGGGAUUUUCAAGUCAUGAAAUUUCAAUUUAUUAUCCCUUUCACCAAAGUUGAUUUGGUUUGGUUGAAUAAGAGUUUAGUGUGGUCUUGUAGGCAGUUGGUAACACACUCAAUGAGAGUGCGUCUUGGAUGAAUAAGACAGAGAUUUAAGCAGUUUCAUGCUUAAAGCAUGAAAAGUAGGCCAUGCUAGCAGGUUAUAAUCAAGUUAUAAAAACACUUGCUAUUGCUGUGGAUUACAGAAAAUUUUGAUGAUACAUUGUGUUGCUAGGCAAAUUUGUCCGGAGACAAGAAUUUAGUAUUUGGACAGACUAGUUUUUUCUUUAAAUGUCCAAACUUUUCAUUGUUUCGGGAAUAGAAUGAAAUACAAAUUGGAAUUUUUUUCAGUUUCUUUUA